UACCUUUGGCUUUGGCUUUGGCAUUUAAACGUUGACCCCGGAAUUUGAAUUGAUUGAAUUACCUUAUUUUUUUGUAUACCGAUAUAAUUUCCAUUUUAUUGCAAAACUUGUAGUCAUCCAGCGUUUAGGUUAUUUCAUAUUUCCCUUAAAAUAUAAAGAAUAACGUAUAUCUGCAUGUUGGUUAGCUAAAGCCUGUCGUAAUAUGGGUGGCAUGUUAUUUUAUUAAUUUUCUUAUGUGAUAGCAGUCUCGCUCGCCGAGAUGAUCCAGAGAAUCCAGUUUGACCAUUUAAUCCUCAUCUCGUCUGGAGACAAGACCCCGAUUCAAAGGAGAAGGACACAUUAAAUCUCUUAUAUAAAUGAGAGAUCAAAGAUUGGAGUAAUACAACGUGACAAUUGUACAGAUCGCAAAAGAAGUUCAAAAGGAAGCGAUAAUCCAAUUUAAAUGCACACAUCACGGGGGGAGGGGUGGAUGGUGGUGUGAUUUCAUAUUGCUUAAUAUGGCUAAGAAGUCACUGCCUUAAUAUAUGUACAAUUUAACAUUUAAUUUCUGGAACCAUUAUAUGUACAACUGUGUUUUGAUAGUUUAAUCCUUAAUACUUAGCACUUUAGUAGGCUAUCUGAUAACUUAAAUGUGAUUUACAUCACUUGUUUUACUCUCCCUGUCAGUAUAUGAUUGUGUUUAUAAAAAUGUCCCGAGUUUUAGCGUAUCACGCUGAACCACAUUCUACACCUUUCAGUUUGGAAAUCGGCCAAACUUGUGUCUGGUGUCAAGCUAGCCUGAACAGAUACUUUCAGACAUCUAAUUUUUUCACUUCAUUCCAACGAGGGAGGACUGCGCCCACCCCUUGUGUUAACGUUUUAUACCUGAUAGUAGCUCAUCGGCUUUCCCAACGCAGCAAAUCUCUAUUCAAACGGGGAAACGCAUAUGAUCAACAGUUUCUCCUAAUAAUCGCCUCAAAUGGUUUUACACUUAAGGGUUUGCCUCCGAUAUCUACUUUGAUUUUUUUUUUUUCAUUCAAGACAACUUUUUGUUACCAAUUGUAGGUACUACUGAGUAGAUAGAAAAAAGGGGACAGUAGUUUGUGGCAUCGCAUGUAUCAUUGUUCUUCUUUUCUGCCAAUGGAAGCACUAAGAGCAGGUGCCUGAACGCAUGCCGACUCAGCCAGUUGUUGUAAUAUGAACUUAUUGCCAACUGGAAUAUGUUUUUAUAUAUCUGUAGCAAUCUGUUGGUUCACGUCAAGGGUCGAUGCAUCUUGGUGGUGAGUAUCAAAAAUCUAUGUUCAAAGGGAAAAAAAUGCAUGAAUCUUCUCUAACAUAUUUAUGUAGGCUAUUUAUUUAUUUGUUUGUUUUUGGUCGACUUAAUGGGGGGUCGCUGUGAAACUAAGCCUUAUAAAAUGCUGGCGGAGAUGAUAGCCUUUUAGCAAUACAAUACAUCCUGCUGCAUGAUACCGGUAAUAAGGGUGUUUAUUCUGGAGGAUUCUGUUUAUCAAGUGAAAAUGUAGCUUAUGCUGAAAGAAAGUUGUUAUAGGCGAGUUAUUAUACUCGUGUAUUUCAAAGAUUUUAACAUCUUUUAAAAAUUAACUAGCUAUCAGAUUAAGCAUCAGUUAUUCUUUUCAUGAAUAUGUAUUGUAUGGUUAAUGUUGCUUUUAAAGAAAGUUUUAAAAAUUUAUAAAACCUCCCAAAAGUAAAACCUUUUUAUGUAGGCUACUGAAAUUCAACUUGUUACUGAGUAGUAUUUAAGGUUUAUUUUGCUUGCAAACAGAAACUGGUCGGUUGAAAUGGAAUUGGGUUCAUCUUUCUGCAGGUACAUGGGCACCCUAGGGUCACAGGUGAUGUGCGACAACAUCCCUGGUUUAGCUAACAAACAGCGUCAGCUUUGCCGCCAGCAUCCGAAGAUGAUGCAAGCGAUUGGGGCUGGUAUUAAAGAUUGGAUUGGUGAAUGUCAGUAUCAGUUCCGUAACCACCGCUGGAACUGCAGUACUAUGGCGCGGGACCACACGGUAUUCGGAAGAAUUCUUCUUCGAAGCAGUCGCGAGGCCGCCUUUGUUUACGCCAUCUCCUCGGCCGGCGUGGUCCACACGCUCACCCGCGCCUGCAGCCAGGGGGAGCUGGAGUCCUGCUCCUGCGACCCCGAGAAAAAAGGCACGUCCCGGGACGCCAAGGGGGCCUUCGACUGGGGCGGCUGCAGCGACCACGUGGACUACGCCCUCAGAUUCACCCAGGCCUUCAUCGACGCCAAGGAGCGGAGACAGAGGGAUGCCCGGGCGCUAAUGAACCUCCACAACAAUAGAGCUGGCAGGAAGGCAGUGAAGCGCUUCAUGAACCUGGAGUGCAAAUGUCAUGGUGUCAGUGGCUCCUGCACAGUGAGGACAUGCUGGCUCGCCAUGGCAGACUUUCGCCACACGGGGGAGUACCUGCGUAUGAAGUACAAUGGGGCCGUCCAGGUGGUCAUGAACCAGUAUGGCACGGGGUUCAGCCGUGCCUACAGGAAGUUCAAGAGGCCCACCAAGAAUGACCUUGUGUACUUCGAGAACUCGCCCGACUACUGUGUUCGUGACCUGGAGUCGGGCUCAGCUGGCACGGGUGGGCGCGUCUGCAACAGGACUUCAAGGGGCAUGGACAGCUGUGAGGUCAUGUGCUGUGGGCGGGGCUACGACACCUCCCGGAUGGGCCGCACGACCAAGUGCGAGUGCAAGUUCCACUGGUGCUGUGCCGUCCGCUGCCGGGACUGCCACGAGGUGGUGGACGUCCACACCUGCAAGGACCAGGACAGCGCCACCUGGCUGGGGCAGAUGUGACCCGGGCCCAUUUCAUUCAUGGGGACGUCAGCUAACGGUGGUGAACAUGCAUUAGGACUCAAACUCACUUAAGAGGGGAUGCAAGCAGUAAGCCUUGCUUGUGCUGCACAACACCCUCCUCAUUGGCUGAUGUUCCCCAAGAAUGAAUAUUGUACAAGCCAAUGUCUCACAGCUGAAUUUGACACCGUCACGAGUACCUGAAAAGAUGUCCUGCAUAGUGUUUGGCCAAAUCUUUCUUCUUUUUUAUUUCAUUCAUCAUUCACAAAUGUAUUUAUUGAAGCAUUCUUGUACCCAGAAAAGAGCAUCUGAAAAUGUAUGUCAUGUGUAAAUAUAAACUGUGUAAUUUAA